AUGAAGCUCUCCCCUGGGGCAGUCCUCUCCUUUGCGGCAUGGACAGCACCUAAAGCGAGCUUGAGAGGAAUACCGGAAAUUACUUCUUCUUCGACAACGAAGGGAAUCAGUCUAGCCAUCAACAGCCUUGUUGGAGCUUCCUGCGGCUGGUUCGAGCAGCCCGUUGACCAUAACGACCCUAAGCUUGGAACAUGGCAGCAGCAGUACUGCGUUAGCAGGGAGUGGUGGGCCGGUCCGGGGUCACCAGUCGUGUUCAUGACCCCUGGAGAGGAGCCUAUCAUCAGAUCAGUCUCCUCCAGUCUUGGAUACACGUUCCUCCAGAACACCACCAUGCCUGGGAUGUAUGCGCAGGCUAUCGGUGCUGCUACUGUUGUUCUUGAGCAUCGUUACUUUGGGGGAUCAUCUCCCUACGAUGGCUUUGACUCCGAGACUCUGCAAUACCUCACAACCGAGCAGACAGCAGCGGAUAUCGUCAACUUCGCCCAGAAGAUCCAGUUCCCAUUCGACAAGAACCAGACUAGUAACUCUCCUAAAGCUCCCUGGAUCUACUACGGUGCCUCCUACACCGCCACCAUUGGUUCCUGGAUCGAGCAAUUUCACCCGGGCGUCUUCCACGCCUUCCACCUCAGCAGCGCCAUUGUCGAAGCCAACCCGGACAACUGGUACUACUACGACACCAUCCGGCAGGGGAUCGAUGCGCUUUGGAAUGGUACCAAGUACGGUGACGGCGGCGCCAGCUGCAGUCUGGCUCUCAACGCCGUUAGUGAGUUUGUCGACAGUAUACUGCUUCCCGAAGACGGGACAAAGAGGGAUGAGAAGAAGGUGGAGGCGCUGAAACACAUGCACCUAUUUCGAUGUCUGGGGGCAAGACGACCCCCGACCCCCCUCUGGUGCCUCAACACACACGACCUCCUCAACCCCUUCUUCGAAGCCCGCACGCUCGGCAACCCCUGGCGAACAUGGUACUGGUUCCUGUGCAACGAACCUCUGGCAUCAUGGGCCACUGGGGCGCCCAAGAACACUCCUAACAAAGAACAAAAGAAGCAGAUCUCGAUAGUUUCGAGGAAACUGACACCCGAGUACUGGCAGCGCCAAUGCGAGAUGCAUUUUCCCACGGCCGAGAACGGCGAACAGUAUGGUAGCGCCAAGGGCAAGACGACGGAGAUGUUGAAUAUGAAGACGGGUGGGUGGGGGAGGGUGAACGAACGGAGGAGGGUGAUUUGGACUAAUGGUGAAUUUGACCCAUGGAGAUCAACCACCAUGUCCAGCGAACUGCGACCGGGAGGACCGCUGCAAUCGACGGAGGACGCACCAGUUUUCUUGAUCAAGAAUUCUCAACAUGCCGAUGAUGCAUUUACCGAAGCGGGGAUGAAGGGUGCUGGACACAGGAUCAACCCAGAAGUAGUGAAGGUGCAGGAGAAGGCGGUGGAAAUUAUGAAGAAGUGGGUUGGAGAGUUUAAGGCACCAACGACGAAGUGA